CCUCCGAAGGAAGGCAAAUAAGGCUUAAGCCCUAAAAACCCUAUCUUCAAUUCUCCUUCUUCUUGAAAAAACCCCCUAAUUUUUUCCCCUUUUAUAUUUUUCUCCAUUUUCCAUGCCGCUCAAGUUAUUACCACAUUUUCGUUUCUUCAAUUCUACAUUCCCAGUUACCCAUUUUCCCACCAUGAAAUGCAAUUCAACUUUAAAGCCUAAAACAAUACCAGUUUUUUCUAGAAUGUUUCCACACAAGCUAAAGUAUAGGUCAAUUGGGUUUCCAAUUUUACCAGCCCAAGAACAAGAACUUCGUAGGUUCUCGAGCCGCUCAGGGAGAUCAAGACCCGGGUCGAGUGCUGACGUGCGAGUUUCGAAGAGCUUGAUUGAAGAUGAAGCUGAACUCAGUGAUUGGGUGAGUGGGUUGAGGUCUGAUUCUUCGUUUACGAAAACUCAGGUGUACAGUGAAAGUGAUGAUAAUGAGGGUGAUAGAGGAAGGGGUAGGGGUAAAUUUGGUAAUAGGGGUAAUGGUGGAGAAGAUAGAGGUGAAAAGAGAAGGAGAGAUGAUGAUUUUAGUGGGCCUGGUAGGAGAAGUGGAGGCCCAAUGCAGUCGAAUUCAAGGAAUGUGGGGAGGUUUGGAAGUGAAUUGUCGGGUGGACGAGGUGGAGGCCGAGGUCAAAUGCAGUCGAAUGCAAGAAAUGGAGGGAGGUUUGGAGAUGACAGGGGGGGUAGAAAUGAGGGUGGAAGAAGUGGUGGUCGAGAUCGAAUGGAGUCCUCCCCAAAGGGUGGAAGGUUUGGAAGUGAUAGAGGGAGUGGAAGUGGAGGGCGUGAUAGGAUGGAGACAUUUUCAAAGGGAGGAAGGUUUGGAAGUGAUAUGGGGAGAGAAAGUGAGGGUAGAAGGAGUGGAGGCCGGGAUCGGAUGGAGCCCUUUCCUAGGAAGGGAGGGAGGUUUGGAAGUGAAAUGGCAAGUCCGAGUGACAAUAGGAGGGGUAAAAGCAGGGUUGGUAGUGGAUAUGGUAGAGAUAUGGCAGCACCAGGUGGUAGUAGUAAGUUAGGGAGGAAAGAAGGGGCAGGUAUGGGGAGAGGGAGUUCCAUGUUGUUGGAUGAAGAUGAUACAGAUAAUGAGGAUGAGGAAGAGGAGAAUGGUUAUAAAGGGUUCCGAGAUUUGAUUGACAGCGAGGAAGAAAGUGAAGAAUCUGAUGAAGAUGAUGAGGUUGAGGAUGAAAAAAUAGUCUCUUUGGAAAAGGAGGACAGUCCAAGGGCAGCACGCCUGAGUUCACCUGGAAAAAGUGAUUCCCACCUCACGGAAACCAGGUUUGAUCAGUUUCCACUCUCUCCCUUGUCUCUAAAAGGAGUUAAAGAUGCUGGAUACAAAACAAUGACCGUAGUGCAGGAGGCAACCCUUCCCAUUAUUCUGAAAGGCAAGGACGUUCUGGCCAAGGCAAAGACUGGCACUGGGAAAACUGUAGCAUUUUUGCUUCCUUCAAUUGAAGUUGUUGUAAAAUCACCCCCUAACACUCGUGAUCAGAAGAGACCACCAGUUCUGGUGCUUGUGAUAUGCCCUACUCGGGAGCUUGCAACUCAAGCAGCUACCGAGGCCAAUACCUUGCUGAAAUAUCACCCUUCAAUUGGGGUUCAAGUUGUUAUAGGAGGAACACGGCUUGCACUUGAGCAGAAAAGGAUGCAAGCAAAUCCCUGUCAGAUACUUGUGGCGACACCUGGGAGACUCAGAGAUCACGUAGAGAAUACAGCAGGGUUUGCUACUCGAUUGAUGGGUGUUAAAGUGUUGGUCCUUGACGAAGCCGAUCAUUUGUUGGAUAUGGGAUUCCGCAAAGAAAUUGAGAAAAUCAUCUCUGCUAUUCCAAAACAGCGCCAAACACUUCUCUUUUCUGCAACAGUUCCACCGGAGGUCCGUCAAAUUUGCCAUAUUGCUUUGAAAAGAGACCAUGAAUUUAUCAAUACUGUUGUGGAAGGCAGUGAAGAGACACAUGCACAAGUUCAGCAGAUGCAUCUGGUUUCUCCUCUAGAAUCACACUUUUCGCUUCUUUAUGCUCUACUAAAAGAGCACAUUGCUGAUGACGUUAACUAUAAGGUUCUUGUAUUUUGCACAACUGCAAUGGUAACAAAACUCGUUGCUGAACUUCUUGGUGAACUUAACUUGAACGUCCGUGAGAUCCAUUCUCGUAAGCCACAAAGCUAUAGAACAAGGGUUUCAGAUGAAUUUCGCAAGUCAACAGGUCUUAUUCUAGUUUCCUCGGAUGUUUCUGCUCGUGGAGUAGAUUAUCCAGAUGUUACCUUAGUUGUGCAGAUUGGAGUGCCAGCUGAUAGACAGCAGUAUAUCCAUCGUCUAGGUAGAACCGGGCGGAAAGGAAAAGAAGGACAAGGCAUUUUGUUGUUGGCUCCAUGGGAGGAAUACUUCUUGUCAACAAUUAAAGAUUUACCCAUUUCAAAGGCAUCUGUACCUCUGCUUGAUCCAGAGGCCAAGAAAAAGGUGGAACGUGGACUAGCCCAUAUAGAUAUGAAAACCAAAGAAUCUGCAUACCAGGCAUGGCUGGGUUACUAUAAUUCCAACAGGUCUAUUGGUAAGGACAAGUACAGACUUGUUGAACUUGCAAACGAGUUUAGUCGGACUAUGGGGCUUGACAACCCUCCAGCCAUUCCAAAGCUUGUUCUUGGGAAAAUGGGAUUGAAAAAUAUUCCUGGACUACGUUCCAAGUAAGUUGAGAUAGCGCUGAUUCAUCUCAUAUAUGCAUACAAAGUGUAUAUAUACAUAGCGCAGACCGUGCAAUGCAACAAUUUAUUUUUCAGCUUAGUGCUGCUUUUACUCAUUGUUUGUAAUUUAGUUACUAGAGAGAAUUGAAAGCCUUGACAGAACAUUAGUUGAGUUCCUUUUUUGCUAACAGGAAAAUUUGGCCGUUCCUCUUUCUAAUUGAA